CCCGGCGGCACCAAGUUUGGGACCCCUCCUCCACUAACAGGGACUUUUUUCGGCCAUUGAACAAGACGGACGGUCGAGAAACAAACCCGACCGGAAUCGCAAAGUCAUGGCUAAAAACGCCCCCUCAAAACACUCGCGGGCCGCCAGGAGGGCGACGUCGCCCAGCAUCGACACGGACAAGUCGCUCAAGAACGUCAAGCCGCCGGCCGAGCCGGCCAACCAGCGGCCCGCCGUGCUGGCGGCGCAGCACGGCGCGGGCGUGGGCAAGAAGGGCAAGUCGGGCCGCAAGGCCAUCCCGAGCUCGCGCGCGCGCCGCCGCCAUGAGAAGGGGAUGGAUCGCGCCGAGGCCGUCAUGGACCGCACCCUGUCCAAGAUCGAGAAGAGCAAGGGCCAGGCGCGCACAGUUCAAAGCAGGCGCAAGGCCUGGGACGACAUCAACACCAGCGCCCUGGCCGCCGCUGCGGCAGAUGGCGACGACGACGAGGCCGCCAGGCCGAAGAAGAAGAAGACGGCAAAGCAGCUCCAGGCCGAGGCCGAGCAGGCGCUUGUUGAUAAGUUCUACAACGAUGAUGGCGAUGAGGAUAUGGAUGGGGCGGACAGCGACGGCGGGGAAACUCGGCCUGCGGCCGCUCCUCAACCAGGGGCCACCGCGGCCCGUGAUGAUGACGAGGAAAUAUUAUGAGCACACCAUUACUGCCUCUUUGCUUUUUACUGUGGGGAAAUCGGCGUUGAGGGUUAUGUCACGGGAACCGGUUAUCUUGUUUUUUUUUUUUUUUUUUGCUUUCUCGUAGGGUUGGAAGAGCCUCUGGCAUUGAACAUGUUCACGAUCUGACCAAGGUAAUGAG